AUGAAUAGUAUAUAUUUAUUGUUUCAGAGUGAUAGUAUCUAUUCACAAAAUAUUGUUAAACGAUCAUCAAAUCGUCUGAAUUUGAAAAUUACACCAGUUUAUGAUAAAAAUGUUGUAAUGAGUAAGGCAUAUCAAAAAAUCAAAAGAGCAGUUGAGGCUGCUGCCAAAUUCUGGGAGAAAGCUCUAAUUGUUGAGGUGAAAAAGCCUGAAAAUGUAGUUGUUCAAAGAACAUGUAAAUCCACUUCAAUAGUACAAAAUCCAUAUGAAAACGUACCAUACUGUAGAAGAGAUCAAUGUAGAGAAAGUGAAACAUGCUAUAAAACGAAAAUUCCUGAUAAAUAUUUAUCAGCGUGUCAUGUUCGAAAAUAUGCUCAGAAUCAAAUGAUCUAUUCUGCAGGAGAAGGAAUAGCUCCGAAUGAAUUUGUAUUACUUGUGAGUAAUUAUAAUAUUGAAUCGUGUAGCGAUACUACAGUUGCCUGGGCUACAUAUUGCAGUCAAGAUCCGGGUACUUCAAG